CGCCGCCGCCGCCGCCGCCGCCGCCGCGAUGGCCCAGCAGCAGAUGACCAGCUCGCAGAAGGCCCUAAUGCUGGAGCUGAAAUCCUUGCAGGAGGAACCGGUGGAGGGCUUCCGGAUCACCCUGGUAGACGAGUCCGACCUCUACAACUGGGAGGUGGCCAUUUUCGGACCCCCUAACACCCUCUACGAAGGCGGCUACUUCAAGGCACAUAUUAAAUUUCCUAUUGACUACCCGUAUUCACCACCUACCUUCAGAUUCUUGACCAAAAUGUGGCACCCCAACAUUUAUGAGAAUGGAGAUGUAUGCAUUUCGAUUCUUCAUCCGCCUGUAGAUGACCCACAGAGUGGAGAACUGCCCUCUGAAAGGUGGAAUCCUACUCAGAAUGUCAGGACUAUCCUGUUAAGUGUAAUCUCACUGCUUAAUGAGCCUAACACCUUCUCCCCAGCCAAUGUGGAUGCUUCAGUUAUGUUCAGGAAAUGGAGGGACAGUAAAGGAAAAGACAAAGAGUAUGCUGAAAUCAUUAGGAAACAGGUUUCAGCCACUAAGGCAGAAGCAGAAAAGGAUGGCGUGAAGGUCCCCACAACCCUGGCAGAAUACUGCAUCAAAACUAAAGUGCCUUCCAAUGACAACAGCUCAGAUUUGCUUUAUGACGACUUGUAUGAUGACGACAUUGAUGAUGAAGAUGAGGAGGAGGAAGAUGCCGACUGUUAUGAUGAUGACGAUUCUGGGAAUGAGGAAUCGUGACGUGCUCCUUUGCUGCCCCUGUACUGCCCUGCCGCCUCAGGCCAAAGGGAGGGGAGCAAGUGGGGACCUAGCAGUGGCCCCUCAGCAGAAACCUAUUCACAGGGGGUGGGGAAAACAAACACAGCUCCUGCUGGCUCCCCUUAUGGAUCUCAGUUUGCUCCUUUUUAUGGACCUCUUAAUGGAGAGAAAGUAACCCUCCACAGAAUGUCUGCAUUCUUGCAUUCUUUACCCUUCAUCACUGUAUUGAUUCUUUUUAAAAAAAAACAAAACAAAACAAAAAAAACCCAAACUCCCGCCUCACUUCGUCUCUACAAAGUGUUCACAGCAAAACACGUUUGGUCUGUUUUUAGAUUCUUGAAGAAUUAAAUAGUCUUUCACCAAGACGUUUAAUAUAUUUAAAAGCUGGGAACCCACUGGGAGUUCACAAGUGCUGCAUAUACCGGAUAGCAAAAGAAAACGGAAACACACACACACACACAAAACAAAACAAAAAACAAAUUUGCCAAGGUUUAGUUGCUCAUUUACAACCUUAGUUGUGUACGCAUUCAUUCAGCCCCAUGGUAGCAAAUUUUUUUUCUUUUUCCUCCAUAAGGCUGGGGUACAGUGGGUGUCAGGAACUUUGUGCUAAGCCUGAUAAAGUGUGUUCCUGAGGGCCUAGAGCUUCUUUAGCCUCCCUGAAAUCAUCCUCUCACGGAGGCCUCAGCUACUCUGAAAGAGAGAAAUCAGUUUGUUUUUUGAAAUCAGUUGGGAUCUAAAGCCUAAAAUAAAUAUUCAUACUUUACAUAGAACUGAGCACCUGGUUGCUAUUUAUUUUAAAGGCAGGGUUAUUUUUCCCCAAGGAGUGGGGAGGGUGGGGAGGAAGUGGGUAUUAGUGCGUGUGGAUUUUUAGUGAAGAGAACGAAGAGUUAAUCACUAUGCCAUUUUUGGUUGAUGCUACUGGGGAAAAGUCAAAACUACUGGCAGCCACUGUUGGGAGAAGAAACAUCUGUUUUGUAUACUUACCAUGGCCUUCACCUCAGAGAGACACACUGACCGUGAGAGUUUUUAAGUAGCCAGUUUUAAUUACUCAGUAUUAAUCCUAGGUGCAUGUGUUAAGAUUUUGGUUUUUAUUGAGCUGCUUAUACCAAUAGUGAUAAAUGUGGAUGUGAGACACGAGUGACCUGUUCCCACUUUCCUCAUUGGAUGUGACCCGGACUUUUAUCUCAUUGUGCUUUGGCUGUGGGUGUGCAAGCGAAAUGUGCAUGGAGCUUGCCCUGGGCUGCUUCCUCUCUCCUGGCAGAGCCGAAGGAAUGAGGGAAGUUGCCUGCAGGCUGAGGAAUCUUCGAUUUCCAGUUCUCAAUCAUGUCUUGCUUCCGCCAGUACUGAGAUCCAGCAGCCUUUACCAACCAGGGACUUCAGAACUUGAGGGUGAUUUUUUUGUUUCUUACGGGGUUGGGGGAGGCCAUAGGAGGGCAGGAUUCUGUCAGUGGGAAAAAUCUCUAAAAUGUAAAAUCACAGAUUUUGGAGGGAAAAUACAGCAUGCCUGAUUCUGGAUCCCUGCGCACUAGCGUUAAUCCCUUUUGCUUCAGAUCGUGACUCAGAACCAGAGGGCUGAUUCCAGAUGGGGGUGCAAUGGAUGGAUUCUAGGAUGUUUAUUUCCUUAGCUCCUCCUUCCUUUCUGAUCUCAGGGUUUUCAUUCGCUCCUUCAAACUCUCCAAACAUUUGCUGACUAUUCCCCAGCAGCCCCUUCUGGUUUCUAAAGUUUGGUCUGAUAACUGAGUAGGUCUGUUUAAAGUGAAAAAGUUCAUAUGGACAUGGUUGAGCCUGGUCCUUAUAGGUCCUUAUAGCUUUAUGUA